UGAAUUGGGGAUUAAGUAGUGGAUGCAAGUUUGGUAUUUUCCCUUCCCUUGUCCCCUCAUAAAGCUUCCUACUCCUAGGAAGAUUCCUAGAUGCAGCAAAAACUUCUCAUCCCACAUCACAGAAAGAUACCAACUUGAACUUCCCUCUUCCUUUCCCAUCACCCUUCAAACACUUAGAAAUUAUCUUGGAAAAAAGAAGGGAAAAACACCCUCUUUGUGCUCGGCCCUCAUGUUGUCUCUCUCGAGGCAAAAAUCCAAUCCACUCAUCCUGUUAUUCCCUCUAACAUGAAGGGGCAAAAGAACUGGGUCCGAGAGAAGCAUACCCACCCGCUCAUCUGGUGCGCGGCCAUCAUCUGCGCCAUCCUCUCGGUGGCCGUGAUCAUCGCAGGCAUCGCCGUGUUCGUCGGCUACGUCAUCGUCCACCCCCGGGUGCCCUUCAUCAGCGUCGUCGGCGGGAACCUCGAUGUCUUCCAGGUCGACCCGGCCGGGGUCCUGGUGUCCCAGGUGACCAUCGACAUCAAGGCCGAGAACGACAACGCCAGGGCCCAUGCGAGCUUCCAGAAUUUGGACUUGGUGCUCAGCUUCGGCGGGCAGGACGUGGCGGAGCUCCGCGCCGACCCGUUCGACGUGAGGAAGAACACCUCCACGAUAUUCCACUACGUCGUGCAGUCGUCCCCGAUCCCGCUCGACCCGGGGCAGACAGAUGCCGUCAGCGAGUCGCUGAGGCGGAACGAGGUCACGUUCAAUCUGAAGGGCAGUGCCAGGGCUCGGUGGAGGGUGGGGUUCCUGGGCUCGCUCAAGUAUUGGUGUCACCUAGACUGUCACCUCCAGUUCCACCCUCUAAACCAGACUUUGACAAACGCCAAACGUUGCAGUUCAAGAGGCAAAUGAGAGGGAAAACAUUCACAAUCACCGGCCGACAAGUCUCAUGCGAACUUUAAAUAACGUGAUCAAGCGGCUCAUCCGAUGCCGAUAUUUACGAACCCGACCCAUGCAAGUAUGUCUCCAUUUUCUGGACUUGUUACCCAUGAUAUCUCUUGACUGAUAUACGCUCCACGCCUUUAAUUCUAGGCUUAAGAGUGACAAAGCUGUAAUUUUUCAUUCCAGAGUAAUAAAGCUGCUAGAGCUAUAGGACCACUUCGUCUCUCUUUCUUAA